AUGGCCGUGAGGUGGACCUGGGCAGGCAAGAGCUGCCUACUGCUGGCGCUUUUAACACUGGCUUAUAUUCUGGUGGAGCUCUCAGUCUCCAGUUUGUAUGCCUCCCUAGGAGCCGGCCAUGCCAGGGAGCUGGGGCCAAGGCGGCUCUCAGACCUUGAGACAAGGGGGGAGGAUUUGUCCCAGCCUCUUUAUAUAAAGCCCCCUGCAGAUUCCCAAGCUCUUGGAGAAUGGGGGAAAGCGAGCAGACUCCAGCUCAACGAGGGUGAAUUGAAGCAGCAAGAAGAACUCAUUGAGAGAUAUGCCAUUAAUAUUUAUGUCAGUGAUAGGAUCUCCCUGCACCGCCACAUAGAGGAUAAAAGAAUGCCUGAGUGUAAAUCGAAGAAGUUCCACUACAGGUCGCUUCCCACCACCUCCGUUAUCAUCGCCUUCUAUAAUGAAGCCUGGUCCACUCUGCUUCGAACCAUUCACAGUGUUUUAGAAACUUCUCCUGCAGUGCUCUUGAAGGAGAUCAUCUUGGUCGAUGACUUGAGUGACAGACUUUAUUUGAAGACACAACUUGAAACUUACAUCAGCAAUCUCGAAAGAGUUCGCUUGAUUAGAACCAAUAAGAGAGAGGGGCUGGUCCGGGGCCCCCUCCUUGGGGCCACUUUUGGGGCCACUUUUGCCACUGGGGAUGUCCUCACGUUUCUGGAUUGCCACUGUGAGUGUAACACUGGUUGGUUGGAACCACUUUUGGAAAGGAUUAGUAGAGAUGAAACAGCAAUUGUAUGCCCUGUCAUUGAUACUAUUGAUUGGAACACUUUUGAAUUCUACAUGCAGACUGGGGAGCCCAUGAUUGGUGGGUUUGACUGGCGUUUAACAUUCCAGUGGCAUUCUGUCCCCAAACAUGAAAGGGACAGGCGAACAUCAAGAAUUGACCCCAUCAGGUCACCCACUAUGGCAGGAGGACUGUUUGCUGUCAGCAAACCGUAUGCUCGCCCCAAUUUCCUGCAGAAUACUGCCAGGGCUGCUGAAGUAUGGAUGGAUGAAUACAAAGACCAUUUCUACAACCGAAACCCUCCAGCUCGGAAAGAGGUUUAUGGUGAUAUUUCUGAAAGAAAGUUACUGAGGGAACGGCUGAAAUGCAAGAGCUUCCACUGGUAUUUGGAAAACGUGUUUUCCAACUUACAUGUCCCUGAGGAUAGACCUGGCUGGCAUGGUGCUAUUCGAAGCAUGGGCAUCUCUUCCGAGUGCUUAGACUAUAAUGCCCCUGAUAACAACCCCACAGGUGCCAACCUUUCCUUGUUUGGAUGUCACGGUCAAGGAGGCAACCAAUUCUUUGAAUAUACUUCAAACAAAGAAAUCAGAUUUAAUUCUGUGACUGAAUUAUGUGCAGAGGUUCCUGAACAAAAACAUCACGUAGGGAUGCAAAACUGUCCCAAAGAUGGUCUCCCUGCUCCAGUAAACAUCAUUUGGCUGUUUAAAGAAGAUGGAACAAUUUUCCACCCUCACACUGGACUGUGUCUUAGUGCUUUUCGGACAUCUGAAGGCCGACCCAGUGUACAGAUGAAAACAUGUGAUGCCCAUGAUAAAAAUCAGAUCUGGAGAUUUGAGAAAUAGAUGAGCAGAAGAGCAUUUUCUUUUGGGGAGUGGACAGUACCUUCUGGAAAUUCCAAGUGCCCGGUGAUGAUUGUAUUUUUCCCAGAAGUCACCCAGUGGCUGGCUGUGAGGACACUGGAGAGCCAUGGUUCAUUUGGGGAUAUCGAUCUGAAACUGGGAGCACGGAGCACUGUUGCUCGGGAUUUCAAAGUGCCUUCCUUCUUUCCUCGUGGGUUGCUUUAUUUAAAAGCUUUGUUGAUGUGGGCACCCCUACUUCUCUUUAAGGAAGCUGCUGUGAAUUGAGAUGCACACAACACUUAACUGUGAAGGGGGGGGGGGCUGUGUGUAUAGCUCAGCUGAGUGAGCAAGAAGACUCUGUGUCUGAUCCACAGCACCACGAGACACACACUCAAGGGCAAGACUUAGUAUUAAGGAAUGUAAAAGUUCAGGCAAAAUGGGAUAUGAUUCAUGCUAAUGGGUUAAUUCAUUGCAUGUCCUUUAAUUUUUUUAUCAAAACUUGUGAAUGCGUAAUUAGAGCUGUUACUAUUUUGAUCAUGUGGGAUUUGAAUUUCUUUUAAGCAGCCCAUUAAAUUUGUGGUUUUUAAAAACUAAUUUGUCUUUGAUCAAAUAGAAGUUGAGGAAAUUUGACCUUGAGUAAAAGGCCUGGUGUGGAUAUUUCUAUUUCAUUGGAAGAGGGUAUUGGUCUGAAUGCAAGUUUGGAGGUCCUUUUUGGACAGAAUAUCUCAGAAACCUAGACUCGUGCCAAAACGAAAUGGUGAGACAUUCCCGUUUAUUGGACUGACUGACCUGUAUCCAUACCUCACAGCACUCUGCAAGCUGUCCACUCUGUGAACUUGUGAUUAUAGGGCAUUUUCUGAUCGCACUUCCUUAUGUGAAUGUACUAGAAUGGCACUCAUUCAGAAUUCCGUGCCUCCCUUUGUUAAUGCUUAAUCACUUCAAGUAAACACAAUUGAGGCCUCUCUGAAGCUAACCCCAAAUGUGUUUACCGUAAUGUGGGAAACUGAAAGUGGACCCAGUUCUGUAGAGAGUGUUUAACUCCCCCAUGAGUUCUUGCUUACCUGGAAAUUUGGAGGGUUUAGCUUAAGAUUGCAAGGGAAAAAAAGACUGUCUUGGUAUUUGUUGAUUGCUGCCUUCAAGCUCAUUGCCAGCACCUGGCAGCCUGGCAACUCUCACAGUGGGUGAACAAAUGGCUUGGUGGUCGGAUGACCUGGGCUGAGUCAUUUAUCUUGCUUGGGCCUCAGUUUCUUUAUCUGAAUAGCUGGAUUGGCUCUUGAGGAGGGUCCCUUUCAAUCUGAAAGUUCAAUGAUACAUCAUCCUGACCGAUCCUCACCCAUGGUGAUUUUUAGGAACACUUUUGUGUCUUUACUUUUAACGUAGGGAGUACUGAACCACUGAGCCAUGUUCAGUUUCGAAGAUGGAAAAGCGGCUUUUAACUUCCCAUGAGCCAAGCUCACCUGAAGUGGUGUGGUUCUCAAUGGAUGUUAUUAUAGUUACUUUUAUAGUCAUUUUAUUUAAUGAUUGUUGAACUGAUUGUGUUUUUUUUUGUUGUUUUUUUUAAGUUUUAAGCUUUCGGGCUGGAGAGAUGGCUCAGGGGUUAAGUGCACUGGUUCUUCUUCCCAGCACCCAUAUGGCAGCUCACAGCUGUUUGUAACUCCGAGGUCCAGGGAAUCUGAUACCUUCAUGCACAUAAAAUAAAGUUAAAUAGAUUAUUUUUUAAAAAAGUUUUAAGCUUUCAAAGGAAUUCUCUGACUAGGUAUAUAAAUAUUUCCCAAACUAAGUUAUUUCAGAACUAAAUAUGUUUUAAGACAUUUCUACUGGUUUCCUACUAACAUUUUAUUCAGAAAUCAUAAGCUAAAUUUGGGAGUGAGUUGAAGCUUCUUGACUGUGAUAUGAAAAACGCAUAUUCCAUAAAGAAACUAGUCCUCGGGAUUCAUAAGGAAAUUGUUUUCAGUGUUCACUUGACAGCUUGCAUAGAGAGAGGGAACUUUGUAAGCCCGGAAUUUAAGUGAAUUGUUUAGGGUGACCAUUUCAAAACAUUAAAGCUUGUGUGUACUUGUGACUGCUUUGUUCUCAUUGACUCUUAGAAUAAAAAUCUGUUGCCACUUUUCUGUAAGUUAUUCAGCAACCUUAAAAUUUAUCCAAGAUUUGUCUAAAUUCUGUGGACAGUGCUUGACCCUGAUUUUAUUCAAGGAAAAUAUAUAAAAAUACUCAUUAAAAAGGAAAUUCCCCUGAAUGCACUCUUGCCUUGCCCAUGUCCUCUUGAAAACAUUUUUUUCCAAGUUUUUUUCUUUUUGCCUUUUUGUUCUUGUUAGUCCCCUAUCAUGUGACAGAAUGAAAAUGGAUGCAAUCUGAAAGUGACUAUUGAAAUGACUUUUAUUUAGUAGCUUGAUGCCCCUGUAGAAACAGAGAAAAGGCUUUUAAAACUAUUUAAUUCUGUGUUUGCCUUUUUCUCUGUAUUGGUGGCUAUGACUCUUUAGCCUGGUGGUUUAUUUAUAUCCAUAAUUUAUAACAAAGGAAACUGGAGUUGUGUUUUUAUAUGUAGGUAUAUUCUAAUUUCAUUCCAAAGGUACACCAUAAUGAAAUAUGCAAAAUAUUCUUUCACUUCUUAUUUCCAAUUUAUUGUUACUCAAGUUCUCUCUAUUUGCCGUGGACACUUGGGAGUUGAUCUUUCAAGCAAAUCUUCAUGCUUAAAUUAAAAGUUAUGGAAGUAUUUGAUAAGCAAGGAGUUUCCAUUUUGUCGUUUACUGACCAGUCCUGCUAAUAGAUUAUCUACAUAAGCAGCUUAGCAGUAGUUUUUGUUAAAAAAUGAUGAUAUAGUCAUCAGACUUUCUAACUUUAAAUACCCUGUUUGUAAGGGAAAUUGUGUUUACUCAGCCAACAGUAGGCUCUUGUAUGUGUGUUGAUGUUAGCAGAUUAAAAUAUUCCAGGCAUUUAGUGUCUCGGUUUUAACGAGUAAAAUUUAGAUUUGACUUGGCUUUCUGAAUUGCUAUUUUAAUAUUUUUGAAUGAGCACAAAACUGAGGUUCAAUUUUCUGUAUUUUGAGCAGUGACACUUUCUUUUUGUUAGUGGUAUUUGUAAUGUUGAUUAAGACAUGCAAUAAAAUGUAUGCCUAAUUG